UUAUAUCAGCACUGACAAAUGAUUUACUUUGUCAGAUAUAACAGAAUUUACGGAUCUUAUUUAAUGAAUUAAGAUCUGCAUGUUUGUUACAGCUUAAAUUCAUAUCUGCAUGUUUCCUUGUCAUUUUACUAGAUAAUGGGUUCUUGGGAGGAGCAAGUUAGGCAAUUUUUUUUAGAGGAGGAAGAAGAGGACGAUGAGCUAUUCCUUUUACUUGUUCCUGCUUUACUUUUAUGCCUACAAGAAGAGAAAAGGCCCGUCCACACCUCCUCUCUUCCUGGUGCUAAAAAGGUUAAGGAAAUCCUAGAAGGGCAUGAGAUUUGGUGUAGAGUUGAGUUCCGCAUGGAGCCAGAGAUAUUUAGAGCCACAUCAAAUUUUCUUAGAAGGGAGAAUUUGUUGCGUGACACACGAGGUGUUUCUGUUGAGGAGCAGCUUGGGAUGUUCAUGUUCAUGCUCUCACACAAUGCUAGCAAUCAGAGGCUACAAAAAGCUUUUCAACACAGCGGGGAAAUAAUCCAUAGGAAAAUAGCAGAAGUUUUCAAUAUAAUUCCUGCCUUGACUCAAAAAUUUGUGAAGCUCCCAAGUUCAAUCCAAACUCAUACGAAAAUUGCAACAGAUCCUCGUUUUAUGCCCUUUUUUCAGGUGAGCCAUAUACUAAACACAUACCUUUCCCCAAGCUUUUCUUUCCUUGAGUGCCAAGUCCUUAAUUUCUUUCCUUAUGUGCAGAAUUGCAUUGGUGCCAUCGAUGGGACACAUAUUCCAAUCACCAUUGCAGAAGACAAGGCCCCUCCCUAUAGGAAUAGGAAAGGAACUCUGUCUCAAAAUGUUAUGUUAGCAUGCGACUUUGAUCUUAACUUCACAUUCAUUUUAUGUGGAUGGGAAGGGUCUGCAUCAGAUGCAGGGGUCCUUAGAUCUGCUCUUAGCAAGGGAUUUCAUGUGCCGGAGGGGAAAUUCUAUCUUGUAGAUGGUGGGUACGCAAACACACCAUCCUUUAUUGCCCCAUAUAGAGGAGUUCGAUACCACCACAGUGAAUUUAGGAGGCGUCGUUCAUCUCAAAGUGGUUAUGCUAACUAUAGAGAAUUGUUCAACCAUCGUCAUGCAAUACUUCGCAACCACAUAGAGAGGGCCAUUGGUGUUCUAAAGAAGCGUUUUCCGAUUCUAAAAGUAGGCACAUUCUAUCCCAUAGAGUCUCAGAUUAAGAUUCCAGCUGCAGCUGUUGCAUUUCACAAUAUAAUUAGAGGGCAAAACGGUCAAGAAGGGUGGCUAGAUGACCAACCAACUAAUAUCUCACCAGUCAACUAUGUUGAUGUUCCGGAGGGCGAUGACAACUACCCAAAUGACUUGGAGUCAAGUGAUGGAAGUACUCUCAGAGAUCAGAUCGCACUACAGAUGUGGGCUGCCUACAAUAAUUAAUUUAACAUUAUAUCUUGUAAAG